AUGCAAAUCUGCGACUUCUACCCCGGCAUGACGUGCGGCGACCCGCGGUUCACGGGCGGCGACGGCAACACCUUCUACUUCCACGGCAGCAAGGACCGGGACUUCUGCGUCUUCACCGACGCCGGCCUCCACAUCAACGCGCACUUCAUCGGCAGGCGCGACCCCUCCAUGAGCCGCGACUUCACCUGGAUCCAGGCGCUCGGCAUCCGCUUCGCGCACCACCGCCUCUACGUGGGCGCCCACAAGACCGCCAAGUGGAGCAGCGACGUCGACCGCCUCGACCUGGCCUUCGAUGGCGAGCGCGUCGCCAUCCCGGCGCACACCGGCGCCGCGUGGCGGCCCGCCGCCACGCCCGCGCUCACCGUCACGAGGACGGCCGCGACCAACGGCGUGAGGGUGCGCCUCGAGGGGGUGCUCGACGUCGUGGCCAACGUCGUGGCCGUCAGCGAGGAGGACUCCCGCGUGCACGGCUACGGCGUGACGGAGGACGACAGCCUCGCGCACCUGGACCUCGGGUUCAGGUUCGUCGACCUCACCGACGACGUGCACGGCGUGCUCGGGCAGACGUACCGCUCCGACUACGUCAGCCGGCUCAGCGUGAAGUCCAGGAUUCCUGUCAUGGGCGGCGCGGCCGAGUACCUCUCCUCGGAUAUCUUCGCCACCGACUGCGCCGUCGCAAGGUUCGGCGACGACCGCCGGGACGGCAUCUCCAUUCUCGCCUCUGCCAGGGCCUAUUAA